AGCUGGGGUCGCUGCCCCUCCCCAUCUGCAACAGCUCUCGGGCUGGGAGCGAUCACUGUCACCCCUUAACCUCUCUGUUCCUCUUCGCGGCGGCCCUCCCUUUCCCUUGUCCUUUCGUGCCCCAACCACAACCUGGAGGCCGCACUCCAGCACGGGCCUCCGCUGGGACGGUGCACCGGGAGUCCUGGCCUGAGAUCUGCCCUGCGUGGCCUCCUCCUACAGCCCCUCUCCGGGCCCACCCCUCGGCUGCGCUGAUUGGCUGCGCCUGCCCCGCCCUGAACAGGCAGGGUCCACUGACCCGCGGAAAGUUUUCCGUGCCGGGAGGAAGCUGGACGUUCGGAGACUCCGAGAAAGCAGCAGCUCCGGAGGCUGCAGGGGUCUGGGCGGCCAUGGAGGAGCCCCCUUUGCGAGAGGAGGAAGAGGAGGAGGGGGACGAGGCUGGGCCCGAGGGGGCCCUGGGCAAGAGCCCCUUCCAGCUGACCGCCGAGGACGUAUAUGACAUCUCCUACGUGAUGGGCCGCGAGCUGAUGGCCCUGGGCAGCGACCCCCGGGUGACACAGCUGCAGUUCAAGAUCGUCCGCGUCCUGGAGAUGCUGGAGACGCUGGUGAAUGAGGGCAGCCUGACGGUGGAGGAGCUAAGAAUGGAGCGGGACAACCUCCGGAAGGAGCUGGAGGGGCUGCGGAGAGAGAGCUCGGCGGCCGGCAGGGAGCUCCAGGCACAAGGAUAUGGAGGAAGCCCCAUCAUGGACCAUGAACAGUGUGGUCUGCACGGGGGCCGGGUCAUUUCCUGUCUGGGGCAUAGCGGACAAGCUCGCCAGCCAGCGGAUGAGCUAGCACGUAGUCUUAAGAACAGGGGUGGGGCAAAAGGCAGAGAAAAUGAAUAUUUAGUGUCACUAGACAGUUUAUAAAAAUAUGCCCUAGUGUUUCUUUCUUUCUUGUUUUUUUUAGUUACCAUUUUUAGUUGUGGUAGACAUAAAAGUUACCAUCUUUUGAAGUGCAGAGUUCAGUGGCCUUAAGUACAUUCACAGCCAUUAUUAUGCAACCAUCACCACCAUCCUCUCCAAAACUCCUGUCUUGCGAAACUGAAACCCUGUACCCACUAAACACUAACUCCAAAUGCCCCCUCUCCCUCAAGCCUCUGGUAACUACUUUUCUACUUUCUGUCUAUAUGGAUUUACCUAUUCUAGGUAGUUCAUAUAAGCAGAGUCGGAUAAUCUUUGUCCUUUUGCCACUGGCUUAUUUCACUUAAUGUCCUCAAGGUUCUUCCACGUUGUGGCAUGUGUCAGAAUUUCCUUCCUUUCUAAGGCUGGAUAAUAUUCCAUUGUAUGGAUCCACCACAGUUUGUUUAUCUGUCUGUUGAUGGACACUUGGGUUGCUUCCACCUCUUGAUUUGUGUGAAUAAUUUUGCUCUGAACGUGGAUCCAUGAAUCUCUCUUUAAGUCCCUGCUUUCAAGACUUUGGGGUAUAUACCCAAAAGUGGAAUUGCUGCAUCACAUGAUAAUUCUAUUUUUAAUUUUUAAAGGAUCUGCCAUUCAGUUUUUCAUAGUGACCACACCAUUUUACAUUCCUACCAGCAAUGCACAAGAGUUCCAAUUUUUCCACAUC